GCCGUGCGACAACUGAGCCGGAGGAGUCACCGCAGAGCCAGUAAGCGGAGCCGGGACACAUAGGCGCGUUUUUUUGUGUGUGUGUGAAUAUUGGCCGAGGCGGCAGACGGGUGUCCGUCAUGUGCUGACAUGAACAAGGAACGGGUCUUACAGACACUAAAGAAAGAAGUGCGCUCCCUGCUGAUCGCGUCCAAGCUGGGCCUCAGCGUCCAGGAGCUGGAGCAUGACUACCGCACCCUGGUCGGGUCCCCGCUCCCCACCAAGACCCUGAACUACAGGUCCACCAUGGAGCUGCUGCUGGAUAUGCCGGACGUGGUGAAGGUCCGGACACAGGUGGAUGGCAGCGUGUUGUUAUCAGCUGUGGUCAAUGAACAAACAAAGGGUAUAGCGGAGCUGGUGUCCAGACAAAAGACCACCUGCAAGAGGAAAGUGAUCCAGAAACGGCGCCUGGGGCGACCCCUGACCCACAUGGACUUGGUGAGACGGGGGAGAGUAGCCCCGGUGCUGCCGGCAUUUGUGAAGAGCGACUUACGGGACCUUCUCUCCAUAUCACCACUGCUGGUGUCCCAGUUGGAAUCUUCCUACUACAAGCGGUUUGGUCGGAGCUUCCAGUAUACCCGCUAUGGCUUCUACUCCCUUGUAGAAGUCCUCAGGUCUGUGUCGGACUUUGUGCAGGUGGAGCAGACUAAAGCUGGAUCCUUACUGAUCCUCAAGACUCCUGUUAUUCACAGUGUGACACCAUGGUCCAGUCUUCAGUGUCCUCCUCCAGGAAAUGUCCUUUGGAGCGGCAGCCUUUCUGUGAAUAAGGAAUCAAAUGCUCCCAAGAAGCCCCCUGUGCCAGACUGUCCACUCCCGUCUGCUGCCCCUAAGAGUACUCCCCUGUCUGCUACCCCUAAAAGUCCACCCCUGUCUGCUGCCCCUAACACUCCACCCCUGUCUGCUGCCCCUAAUAGUCCACCCCCGUCUGCUGCCACUAAGAGUCCACCUCCAUCUGCUGCCCCUAAUAGUCCACCCCUGUUUGCUGCCCCUAAUAGUCCACCCCCAUCUGCUGCCCCUAAUAGUCCACCCCCAUUUGCUGCCCCUAAUAGUCCACCCCCGUCUGCUGCCCCUAACACUCCACCCCUGUCUGCUGCCACUAAGAGUCCACCCCCAUCUGCUGCCCCUAAGUCUGGGGGGGUUACAACCCUGGAUAAGCUCUUUAUGGCAGCACAGGCGGAAUAUUAUGCCAACAAACCAUCGGUUAAGAGCGUCGGCACAGAGAGAGCGCAGUCUGAACGUGAAAAUAUAGACAAAGAGAGUAUUUUACCUUCACGCCCCGUCCCAUCAGCUACAGUGCUAAGUAUUAAUGGUGAACUGGUCAGUGACCCCCAACCUCACAUCCAAGCCGAUAAUACAUACAGUCCAGGAGUGGACACAACUCCUAUACAGACUGAUGUAGCAGAGCCGAGCACAGAUCGCAGUGUACACUGGCUGGAGAAGAAGGUGGGUGUAAUACGUGUUACAGGUGUACAAUAUAUUGUCUACAGGAAUACUAUGUAUUGUCUAUAUAGGUGCUGAACAUUAUAUACAGUCAUGGCCGUAAAUGUUG